AUGGGCUGGUGGUGGCGAUCAAGUCCCCAAAAAGGUGACUCCCAAGACCCUGCAUCUACCACUGCUUCGGAAGCCACGAGCCAGAAUGCACCGCCGAAGCAGUUGACUCCCGACGAGCAGGCCAACCUCGAAUUCAGCCAAAUCCUGGCCGGUCUGCGCGAGGAAGAAGCCGCAUCAAAAUCAUCAUCACCUACUACACCAACUGUCGCAUCAGAUGGCACCUCUGCCGCAACACAUCUCGAAACACCUUCCUCGUCUAUUGCCCCCGAAUCCCUCUACCAAGACACCAUGUCCUGCCGCACGGCCUUCGAUUACGCCUUCUUCUGCCAAUCCUUUGGUGGCCAAUUUGUCAAUGUCUAUCGAUACGGAGAGCUGCGUUCAUGCAGCGAGCAUUGGGAUAAUUUCUGGAUGUGCAUGAAGACGCGGACAUGGUCGGAUGAUUUACGAAAGAAGGCGGUUCGCGACCACAAUCGGAAGAAGGCAAUUAAGUACAAGACGGGUCCCAGCAGUGAAGAUGUCUGGGAUGUGCGAUUGGAACCCGCCAAGGAGGCGUUUCAAGGAGAUUUCGCGGCCCUUGAGCGCGAGAUGAAGGCUGAAGAGGAGUCGAGACAAAAAGCUGCUUCAUGA